AUGAAUUCCUCCGAUCGCAUUCUUCCAGAAGAAUAUCGAGUAAACUCGCAAAUGAUCAACAAACUGAUCAAACAAAAUAAAGAUUUGACGCUACAACUGGAUCGGAAACAAGACGAGAUUGACCGCAUGAACGUGCUCAUCGGGUCACUAAGGGGCAAGCUCAUCAAGUACACAGAGCUGAACAAAAAAUUGAACCAGAAUGUCAAUCUUGGUGCCAAUAAUGGCAAUUCCACCCCGGCAGAGUCCAUGCACCAAUCGCCAAGUUUCUCACCGGUGGACUUUCUACAAGUGAACAAGACCCGCGCUAAAGACCCCACCGUUUCGGCGGCUCGUGCUUCGCAGCUUGAAUCGCGCAUAGGCGACAUAUACUCGAAACUGGACGCACUGACUACCUUAAUGACCAAUUCCAUGGGCGGAGGUCCGGCACAGACCAGCUCGGAAACAGAUUCGCGCCAAGCACGCACACGACCCAAUUCUUCGUCCACGUCCACUGCAGAUUCCGUGCUGCACCGCACAAUGCGUAUGGCUUCGGAGGACGACAUAAUUACACAGGAGAGUGCCGAGUUGCAAAAUCUGGAGGGUCAGAUUGACUUGCUGAAACGCAAGCUUUUGAUCAAGCGCGAAAACGAGCUUCGAAAACUUUCGUUGAACAAAGAGCUACUGGAUCUCAUGGAAAAACUGGACAUGUCGAAACCCACGCUGCCGACGCCAGACACUGCAGUGGACGCUACGCCUCCGCACUGUGAACAAUGCCAUACGUCGGCCACAACGGCCCAGAAUGCCAAGAACGCCAGAUCUGUAUCUCAUCACAACCACCAUCAAAAUUUUCAAAAUUCCACUGCUUCCCGCAACCCACCGUACAUGUCGAUGGCCCAGGCUUUAGAGACGCCCACGCCGGCCCAUCGGGCUCCCAAGAGCAACGAACCCCUGUGGUGA